AGCAAGUCCUGGAGCUGAGGGGGCGAGGGCCUGGCCUCGGGCCACAGAUGGGCCCUGCUGGGAGGGGCUGCAGUCUGAUCCCAGGGUCUUCACUGGCCUCCCACUGCCCCCCAUUUUCCUGGAUGCUCCUGACCUAAUUUGCCACGUGAGCAUCUGCUCCCCACUCCACCUGCCCAGCAACAUCUGCACCCUAAGCCUUCCAGUGAGGCCUAAGUGAGAGCUUCUCCUGGAGUGGCACUGGCCUGUUCAAACGCAGCAGCUGGGGCCUGGCAUCCAGAUCCAGGGGCCCCGAAGCAGAGCAGCCCUGCUCUGUCUCCUCACCCAAACUCCCACCCUCUGCCCUCUGCCCUCUGCCACCACAAGCUAUGCACUUGGCCCCUAUCCUUGUCCGGUCCUGCCAGGACGUCGGGCUGCAGUACAGGGCCUCCCAAGUCAGGCUAAAGUUAACAGACUGCACUAGUAAAGGGAAGGCUUCCUAGAAUUUGAACCAGCAUUGGAAAGUCUUUCCUAAAAUGGAUAUCCAGGCUCUUUCUGACCCAGACCUCCAGUGAGAUACUACUGUGGCUUCCACCUCCUUCCACAGGGAACAGAGAGGGGCAGCAGCUUGCCCAAGAGCACACAGCAUGCCUGAGCAGAGACUGAGCAGGAGUCCAGUCCUCUGCACCCCCAGCACCUCACCAUCUCUUCUCAGUCUGGGGUGGGGGUCCUCUCCUUACCCUGUUUUCAAAGCGCUCUCUUCACCCCAGCUGCACCUGGCAAUGCCAACUAAUGCUGAAAUGGGCCCAUGGGGGACUGUGAAACUUGGAAACAGGGGAGUGGGGCAAGGGGCAGAGAUGAGGGGAGGAGAGGAGGCUGCUGGGCAGGCGGGGCCUCACGUCCACCCCUCCUCACUGGCCGGGGAGCUGCAGGCCUCGGGGACAGCUCCAGGCCCCAGCACCCCAGUCUCAUCAGCUCCAGGGAGUCACAGCGCAGCCCCAAAAGCACAGGCAGCCAUGGACCCUGGGGAGAAGCUGGAUCCACUUCCUGACAGCUUUAUCCUGCAGCCGCCAGUCUUCUACCCGGUUGUUCCUUACGUCACAACCAUUUUUGGCGGCCUGCAUGCAGGCAAGAUGGUCAUGUUGCAGGGAACAGUCCCCCUAGAUGCACACAGGUUUCAGGUGGACUUCCAGUGCGGCUGCAGCCUGAACCCACAGCCAGACAUCAUCAUCCACUUCAACCCUCGCUUCCACACCAGCAGGCCCCAUGUCAUCUGCAACACCUUGCACAGAGGACACUGGCAGACCGAGGCUCGGUGGCCUGGGCUGGCCCUGCAGAGAGGGACUGGCUUCCUCAUCCUCUUUCUCUUUGGGAAUGAGGAGGUGAAGGUGAGUGUGAACGGACAGCACUUCCUCCACUACCGCUACCGGCUCCCGCUCUCUCGGGUGGACACCUUGGGCAUAUUUGGGGACAUCUUGGUGCAGACCGUUGGAUUCCUGAACAUCAGUCCAUUUGCAGAAGGCAGCAGAGAGUAUCCAGCUGGACACCCCUUCCUGCUUCAGAGUCCCCGGCUGGAGCUGCCCUGCUCACGCACCCUUUCUAGGGGACUCUGGCCUGGACAGGUCAUCAUAGUUCGGGGGCUGGUCUUGCAAGAACCAAAGCACUUCACACUGAGUCUGAGGGACGAGGCUGCCCGGAUACCUGUGAUGCUCAGAGUCUCCUUCUCAGACUACACACUGUCCUGGGUCUCUCCCUGGGGAAGCAAGACACUAAUCGCGGCGCCCUUCCUCUUUUACCCCCAGCGGUUUUUUGAGGUGCUGCUCCUGUGCCAAGAGGGUGGGCUGAAGCUGGCACUCAAUGGCCAGAGCCUGGGGGCCACCAGCCUGGGCCAGCAGGCCCUGGAGAGACUGCGGGAGCUCCAGGUUACAGCCCGGGUCUGCACCAACCUGAGAUGGUGCCAACACUGCUGCUCCCCCACCCAGAUUUGCUCUGGCUUCUUUGGGGCCAGCACUGCCCAUGGGAUAGUCUGUGCAGCCUGAUGAAGAUUCUCAGAAGGGGCCCAAAGAACCUGGAUAUUUAUUCUGUUCCUACCCAGCAGCUCUGGAAAAACUGGCCCAAGCCAAAGGGGCACUUGUUCCACCCAGCACUCAGACUCUGUCUUCAGCAGACAUCCAGCAUCAGCAGAGGGGCUGGAGUUCAUGAUGUUAUGAGCCCCGGGCUGGGCCGGACACACCCCUCCCACACUCAUCCCAUCAGCCAGCUUCGGUCCAUGACACAGGCCAAAGCCGUGCAGAGUUUCUCUACAGCAAGUCAUGGACCACACCUCAGAAACACACAGUAACAGCAGGGAAGAGAGGGAGAGGGAGAACUGUCCUGCCCUGUGGGCCAUCAGCACAGGUGCACAGCCAACCUACGCUUCCUCCACCAACCACACAGGAGACCUGGGCCCCUAGGUUACGGCAUGGCCCAGGUGUGUCGUGGUUUGUGUCACCCUGACUCCUGUGGGUUCACUCUAUGACAUCCACACAGGCAGGAAUUGCCAAACAAUGCAUUUUUAGAACUUAUCCAUCACUGGGUGACACAUAAAGAAAGAAUGUAGAGAAAAUGAACCCAUAUGAUGGAAUGGCUGAAAUGAGUAUUUUUGUAGUUUUGUACCCUACAAGCAGAGAGCAACAAUCUUUGCUCAUCCCAUUUGCCAAGAUUGAUUAUCACAGGGAGAAUCUUAGUAAGUUCCCCAGAAUAGAGAUUGCAUAGCAAAUCACCCUCAGCAUAACCCAGGGAAAGUGGACAUCA